CAUGCACAGUAUCAAGUCACCCCAGCACGUCAAAUCGCCGCACCACUUUGUCGAGGUGCUCACGCCUGCAGCAUGCUACGACGAACCGCGGUCGGGAGCUGACCUGCUUGUCGAUGUGCCGAAGAUGACGUUGGAGUGGAAGCAGAUCCGUCGAUCGGUCCAAGUCCAAAACGCUACGACCAAAGCGCUCGAAACCAAGGUGAUUCUCAAUGAUCUGAGCGGCGUCGCAUGCCCCGGCGAGCUCGUUGUGCUCAUGGGCCCGUCCGGCGCUGGCAAAUCGUCGCUCCUCGACGUCAUCGCCGGACGACAGAAGGAUUUCACGGGGUCUGUCUUUGUCAACGGCGAGCCGUGGAACCGAAACACGAACAAGAAGGCGUCGUACGUCAUGCAAGACGACAUAUUUUACCAAACGCUCACGGUGCGCGAGCAUCUGACGUUCCAGGCCGAGCUCCGCAUGGGCAAGCUCUUCUCCGCCAACGAGCGGCGUCAGCGCGUCGACUAUGUCAUUGACGAACUCGGCUUGACCAAGUGCCAAGACACGCAAAUUGGCGGUCUCCGCCUGCGCGGUAUCUCAGGCGGCGAACGCAAGCGCCUCAGCUUCGCCACUGAGAUCUUGACGAACCCGUCGCUUUUGUUUGUGGACGAACCGACGUCGGGUCUCGAUAGUUUCAUGGCCGAGUCUGUUGUACAUCAGCUUCAGUCCCUUGCCCGCAAGGGCCGGACGGUUGUCGCCACGAUCCACCAGCCAUCGUCGGAGCUCUUCGGUCUCUUUGACCGCCUGUAUCUUCUCUCGGACGGCCAGCCAAUCUACAACGGCAAGGCGUCCGAGGCGGUAGCCUACUUUGCGUCUCAAGGAUGCCCGUGUCCGACGUACACGAACCCGACCGACUACUUUAUGCGGCAGAUCAUUGUCUUGGACCAGUCGUCCGAGGCCGCGACGCGCGUCCGUGGCCUCGUCGCCAAUUGGCGAGCGAAAGAGGAAUCCGAAGCUCGGCACAGCGCCGAAACGGCAAUCAGCUCCCUUGGCACCGAUGACACAGUGUACAUUGAGACGCACCUCGGCGUCCUCGGUCAGCUACGAGUCCUUUGCAAACGCAACGUGACGCGAACGGUCCGCGACAAGUUUGCUUUUGGCGCCCGGCUCGCGCAGACGCUCAUCAUCUCGGUGAUUGUGGGUCUCAUCUUCCUCAAGCUCAGCAUGACGCAAAACGGCAUCCAGUCGUUCACGGGCGCCAUCUUCUUCAUGGUCAUCAACCAGUUCUUCAGCGCCGCGCAGCCCGAGUUUCUCACUGUGCCACUGGAGCUGCCCAUCAUGGAGCGCGAGUACUCGUCUGGUCUGUACCGCGUUUGGGUCUGGUAUUUGGCCAAGAAUGUGAGCGAGCUCGGGUUCCAGAUCUUCUUCCCGCUCGUGUUUUUGCUGCCCGGGUACUUUAUGAUCGGUUUUGGCUCCGGCGACGCGACGCUCUUCUUUAGCUUUUACGUUUUCAUUGUGCUGCUUACAAGCGCGGCUGUCGGGCUUGGCUACAUGGUGUCGUGCCUCGCGCGGACACCCGAGGUGGCGCCGAUCCUCGGCAUCCUCGUCAUUCUCCCGUUCGUGCUUUUCGGCGGCCUCUUCCUCAACCUCAACGACAUCCCAGUCUACCUGCAGUGGUUUGCGUACAUUUCGCCGCUGAAGUACGCCUUCCGUGGCAUCAGCCGCGCCUUCUGGACCACGAUCGGCACCAUUCCGUGCAACGACGCGAUCGAGACCUGCGUCGCGCGCUCCGGCGCGGGAGUCCUCGCGCACCUCCAGCUCGACACGAACACCAUGGCGUACGACGUAGUGUUUCUCAUCUGGAUCAAUCUUCUCUUUCGCUUCAUCGGUCUCAUCUCGCUGCGCUACAAGCUCCGAAAGCUCGCGUAG